AUUGUGCAGAGGACUCGACUGGUUCCUGUGGUCUUGUGUGUGUGAAUGAGGUGGAUAAAUGUCUGCGUCUGCUUUCAGAUGUCUCUAGUGGAUUUGGGAAAGAAGCUCCUGGAAGCCGUUCGCGCCGGUCAGGACGACGAGGUCCAGAUUCUGAUGGCGAAUGGAGCUCCGUUCACCACCGACUGGCUGGGCACGUCUCCGCUGCACCUGUCGGCUCAGUUCGGUCAUUACUCCACCACAGAGGUGCUUCUGCGCGCCGGCGUGAGUCGAGACGCUCGCACUAAAGUGGACCGGACGCCGCUGCACAUGGCCGCGUCUCAGGGUCACACACGCAUCGUGGAGCUGCUGCUGAAGCACGGCGCCGAUGUGAACGCCAAGGACAUGCUGAAGAUGAGCGCAUUGCACUGGGCCGUGGAGCACAGCCACAGAGACGUGCUGGAGCUGCUGCUGCGCUUCGGAGCUGAUGUUCACGCGCAGAGCAAGUUCUACAAAAACGCUCUGGACAUCGCGCUGGACAACAGCAGCCACGAGCUGGCCGAGAUCCUGCAGCAAUCUUUUCUCCAAAUUCAGUCAACUCCUUCAGUCUCAGAUCACCUUCAGUGCAUCCGGUGGCUUUUUGGUGUCCAGAAACACAAAGUGGCGAUGCAGAACCAGAUCAACACAAACCCCGAGAGUCCGGACACACUGAGCGUCCACACGGCCGCGCCGCGGUUCAUCAUCGGUUCAGGAGGAGUGAACCUCGCCGGACUCGUGUCGCACGCAAACCACAGCAAAUCCACAGUCGUGGCCGCAGAGGAGCUGAUCACCGCAGACUCCGUCGACGGGGCCAUACAGCAGGUCAUGAGCUCUGGAGGUCAGCAGGUCAUCACCAUAGUAACAGACGCCAUUCAGCUGGGCAACCUGCAGACGGGCACAGGCAUCAGCCAGCCCAUAAUAGUCACCAUGCCUGACGGGCAGCAAGUGCUGACGGUGUCGGACACAGAGGUCGCAGAGGAAACGGUGAUCAGCGACGAGCCGUCUGUUAAGCGUCAGUGUGUGAAGGAAGAAGAUGAUGAUGUUCAGAUGACAGAAACACAAGACACACAGAUACAGGAGAAAGUGGCUCUUCUGAAGCAGCUGGAGGAGGCGAACCGUGAGGUGCAGAAAUACAGACAGCAGUUCCUGAAGAAGGAGCAGGAGGCGGAGGCGUACAGACAGAAGCUGGAGGCCAUCACACGGCAGAGCGUGAAGAAAGCCGCCUGAACCUGACCGGAUCAUUAUCAUUCAUUUACUUCAGUUCUCAUCAUAAAGCGUCUCAGCUGUGGUGCUCGUGCGGCCGACACGGGUUCGAUUCUGACCCACAUCCCACUGGCCUUUGAAUAAAGAGACAGAAGCCCCUCAAAACCAGAAUGAGGAAGGUGUAAUUGUGCAGUAAUGUCAUGUGUUUGAUCUGCACGUCUGAUCAAAUCCUUCAUCGUCAGACUCGUUUUCCUCGCUGAUAAUCGACACGAAUCUCUUGUGUUUAUAGUUUCCUGCUGCUUGUUGUUUGUGAUGCAUUUUUCAGGAUUUCUGUCAUCUUAUUUUUAAAGACAGCAGGACUGCUGGAUUUGUUUUCUUUGAGGAGGAUCUGAGCAUCUCUCCAACACCGAUCUGCUGGUUCACAUCUAGACGGCAGAUUAAAACACAUCUUAAACUGAAUAUGCCGAAUAAAUGCACAAUAAAAGUGUUUUACAGUCUGAACCAGCAACAGCAUCUG